GCAAUGAAGGGGAAAUUUGUAAAGGCAUGCAUUACCAAAUGGAGGAAGAUGGGGAGUAAAGUCAUACCUUGUAGCAGUUGUGAAUUCUGUUCCGAGUGGGCGAAGUCUCCUAGUUCAAUGCAUGAAGAGGGCUCAAUCCCAAGCGAUGUACCCAAAGGUCACUUAGUAGUAUAUGUUGGUGAAAACCAUAAGAGAUUUGUUAUUAAACUCAACAUGCUCAAGCACCCACUGUUCAAGGCAUUGCUAGAUCGAGCUCGGGAUGAAUAUGAUUUUACCACCGACUCCAAACUAUGCAUUCCUUGUGAUGAAAGCCUCUUCAUCGAUGUUGUUCUCUGUGUUAGCUCUCCUCAAGAUUGA